GUAGGAUCGCACAAAAGCGGCAGCGCACACUCCAACAUGGAACGCCGGGCCAAAUGCCUAUUGUUAAACAUUUUAUGAGAUGUUUCUUUGCGCUAGUAUGUCCCCCCUGUGGUUGGUGACCUUGUAGUGACCCCUCUUGGGUUGGUGACCUUGUAGUGACCCCUCUUGGGAGGGGUAAGGGGUGGGGGGGCACUGAAGUGUAACCAUGGGUACCGGCAGCCAGGUCCGGCUGCUUCUGUGGAAAAACUGGACCCUCCGGAAGAGACAAAAGAUCCGCUUCUUUGCCGAGAUCAUGUGGCCUGUGAUGUUGUUCAUAGGCUUGGUAUGGCUGCGGAGGGCCAAUCCGCUCUACCGACAACACGAAUGUCACUUCCCCAACAAAGCCAUGCCCUCCACAGGGAUCCUACCAUGGAUCCAAGGCAUCUUCUGCAACGCCAACAAUCCCUGUUUUCAGUACCCCACACGUGGGGAGUCGCCUGGACUGGUGUCCAACUACAACAACUCGUUACUGGCUCGCUUCUGGACGGACACUCAGGAGCUGCUCCUGAGUGACCCGGACUUCCUGCAGCUGGGCCGGCUGUGGCGCGAGCUCGGUGUGAUGGGCAACUUCAUGGACACGUUGAGGACCAACCCCCAGCUCAUCGAAGGCCGUGGUGUGAAGGUGGAGGAUAUUCUGAAGGACGACGAGACCAUCACCUCCUACCUCCUCAGAGACGUGCCUCUGACCGACUCUGUUGUCAACCAGCUGAUCAACGCCCAGGUCCGACCUGAACAGUUUGCGUACGGAGUGCCUGACCUCAAGCUGAAGGACAUCGCCUGCAGCCAGUCACUGCUGGAGCGUUUCCUCAUCUUCCCCAGCCGCCGCGGCCUGUACGCCGUCCGCAACGCCAUGUGUGCCCUCACGCCACAACGGCUGCAGAUCAUCGAGGACAAGUUCUACGCCAACGUGGACUUCUUCAAGCUCUUUCGCCUGCUCCCUCUCGUGCUGGACAGCAGCUCCCCUGGAAUGGACCUGCACUUCUGGUCGCGAGUGCUGUCGGCAGCGUCAGAGAAAACACAAGAGCUGUUCAAGAGGAGUAGCACUGAGGAUCUGCUGCGGCUGCUGAGGCCCUGGUUCUCCGACCCGCCGUCCUUCAGGGAGAUGAUGGCAGCCGCGUCCAGCCUUGUGUGCGGCUACUCGGAGGGGGCCUUCUCGCGCGUCGCCUCCUUCAACUGGUAUGAGGACAACAACUACAAGGUCUUCCUGGGUAUCGACGGCUCCAGGGCUCAGCGGGAGUACGACUACGACGACUCGACCACGCCCUUCUGCAAUGACCUGAUGCGUGAGCUGGAGUCCAGCCCCGUCACGCGCGUCGUAUGGAGGUCGGUCAAGCCUCUCCUCAUGGGUCACAUCCUCUACGCUCCAGACUCGCCGGCCACCCGCAAGAUCAUCAAGAAUGCUAACACCACGUUUGAGGAGCUGGAGAGGCUGAGGAACAUGGGCCUGGCCUGGGAAGAGGUGGGCCCUCAAGUGUGGACCUUCUUCCAGGACAGCAUCCAGAUGAACAUGAUCCGGGACUCCAUCAGGAACCCUACGGUGAUGGAUCGCAUCGAGCGGAGCCUGGAGAACGUGCCGUUCUCUGUGCACGACAUUCUCAACUUCCUGUUCAACGGCCCCGAAGAGGAGCGAGCCCCUGGCAUGCCCAAGUUCGACUGGCGCAACGUCUUUAACACCACCGACCGCGUCAUCCGCACCAUGAAUCAGUACGCUGAGUGCCUGGUGCUGGACAAGUUCAACGCUGCCACCAACGAGGAUGAGCUCACCUACUACGCACUGGACUUGCUGGAGGACAGCAAGCUGUGGGCAGGGCUGGUCUUUGAGGAGGUGUACCCGUGGACCACCGAUAUACCCCAGCAUGUCAAGUUCAAGAUCCGCAUGGACAUCGAUGUGGUGGAACGCACCAAUAAGAUCAAGGACAGAUACUGGGAUCCAGGUCCCAGGGCCAAUGCCAUGGACGACCUGCGUUAUGUGUGGGGAGGGUUUGCCUACCUGCAGGACAUGGUGGAACAUGCGGUCAUCAAGACGCACACAGGGAAGGAGUGGCUUCUGGGAAUCUACCUGCAGCAGAUGCCCUACCCGUGCUAUGUGGAUGACCUCUUCAUGCUGACUCUGAACCGCUGCUUCCCCAUCUUUAUGGUGCUGGCCUGGGUCUACUCUGCCUCCAUGAUCGUCAAGAGCAUCGUGCUGGAGAAGGAGCUCCGCCUCAAGGAGACGCUCAAGACCAUGGGCGUCACCAACGGCGUCAUCUGGUCCACCUGGUUCAUCGACAGCUUCAUCGUCAUGGCUGCCAGCACUGCCCUCCUGACCGCCAUCAUCAUGGGCGGGAAGGUGUUGAACUACAGCGACCCUUUCAUCCUCUUCCUCUUCCUGCUGGCGUUCACCACGGCGACCAUCAUGCAGUGCUUCCUGAUGAGCGUCUUCUUCAACAAGGCCAACCUGGCGGCGGCGUGCAGCGGCAUCGUCUACUUCACACUCUACCUGCCGCACAUCCUGUGCUUCGCCUGGCAGGACCGCAUCACCAAGGACAUGAAGCUCAUGUUUAGUCUCUUGUCUCAGGUGGCGUUUGGCUUCGGGACAGAGUACCUGUCUCGCUACGAGGAGCAGGGUCUGGGGCUGCAGUGGAACAACAUCCAGACCAGCCCGCUGGAGGGGGACGAGUUCUCCUUCCAGACCUCCAUUGCCAUGCUGGGCCUGGACACGGUCAUCUACGCCCUGCUCGCCUGGUACCUGGACAACGUAUUCCCAGGACAAUACGGCAUCGGGCGGCCAUUUUACUUCUUCGUCCAGCCCUCUUACUGGUUAGGCCUGGAACCGCUUGCGCCCAUUUUAGACAAGAAGGAGGUUCCACAGGAGAAACCGGCUUUUGAUAACCUGGCGAAGGAGGCCCCUGUGGAGCCAGCGCCCAAGCCUCCAUGCCCAGAGCCCGCGGGAAAUGACCAGGAGAGACGCGGCUCCUGCAAGCACCAGGACAUCCGGGAGAAGCUGGAGAAGCUGGAGAAGGAGCGCGAGGAGCAGCUAAGGAAGCAGGAGGAGGAGGAGGAGGAGGCGUACCACAACCUGUCCGAGGAGCAGAGAGGGAAGUCGUACUUUGAGGACGAGCCCACGGGUCUGGUGGUGGGCGUGAGUGUGCAGGACCUGGUCAAGGUGUUCAGUGGCAGCGCCCGGCCCGCUGUGGACGGCCUCAGCAUCACCUUCUACGAGGGUCAGAUCACUGCCUUCCUGGGCCACAAUGGGGCCGGCAAGACCACCACCAUGUCCAUCCUCACUGGGAUGUUCCCUCCGACCUCUGGGACGGCCUUCAUCUAUGGAAAUGAUAUCCGCACAGACAUGGACGCCAUCCGCCAGUCCCUGGGCAUGUGUCCCCAGCACAACAUCCUCUUCAACAACAUGACGGUGGCGGAGCACAUCCUCUUUUACUCGCUGCUGAAGGGCAGGCCUCUGCCGGAGGCGCAGGAGGAGGUGGAGAACAUGCUGGAGGAUCUGGGCCUUCCGCACAAGAGGGACGAGGAGGCCCAGAACCUCUCAGGUGGCAUGCAGAGGAAGCUCUCCGUUGCCAUGGCGUUUGUUGGCGGGGCGAAGGUGGUGUUCCUGGACGAGCCCACGUCAGGAGUGGACCCCUACUCCCGCCGCUCCAUCUGGGACCUGUUGCUCAAGUACCGCACAGGCCGUACAGUGAUCCUGUCCACGCACCACAUGGACGAGGCGGACCUGCUGAGUGACCGCGUGGCCAUUAUCUCGCAGGGCCGCCUGCACUGCUGCGGCUCACCGCUCUUCCUCAAGAAGCGCUUUGGCGCCGGCUUCUACCUCACACUGGUGCGCCGUAUGAAGGACGAGCCACCACGCAUCAAGAAUGAGGGGCAGUGUGACUGCACUGAGGAGUGCUCGUGUAAGUGCUCGCUCUGCACCAAGUUUAAAGAGGGCGUCCUAGCUGAGCCUGUGGUGCCUCGUAGACAGAUGGAAGGGGAUGCGGUGGCCAUCACAGCCAUAGUGCACCACCACGUCCCUGAGGCCCAUCUGAUCGAGGAGAUCGGACAGGAGCUGACCUACCUGCUGCCCCACCGGGGCUUCAAGCAUCGCGCCUACGCCAGCCUGUUCCGCGAGCUGGAGGAGACCCUCUCCGACAUGGGCCUCAGCAGCUUCGGAGUGUCCGACACGUCCCUCGAGGAGAUAUUUUUGAAGGUUACAGUUGAUGAAGAGACGGCGCACCUUGGCAAAGCAGCUCCAGCCCAGAGCAUGAUGCUGCCUAAGCGCCGCGUGUUGCCAAGCAACAAGGUGGCAGUGGAUGUUAGGGCAGCAGAGGAGUCGAAGGGGAAGGACGGGCAGAGUAGGCGGCUGGUCAGCGGCGAGGGUCGAGGCUCCACGCAGGUCAAGGGAGUGUGUCUGAUCAUCAAGCAGUUCAUCGCGUUGCUCAUCAAGAGGUUCCACCAUGCCACGCGCUCCAGCAAAGACUUCCUGGCCCAGAUUGUUCUUCCUGCCAGCUUUGUGUGUGUUUCGCUGAUGUUCACCCUGAUUGUCCCUCCAUUUGGAGAGUACGCCAGUCUGACCCUCACGCCAUGGAUGUACGGCAGGCAGUUCACCUUUUUCAGCAACGAGAGGGCCCAGGAUCCUGGCAUGAGGUACUUUGCAGACGUGCUGCUGAACAAGCCUGGCUUUGGGACACGCUGCAUGGUAGACGAGCCUCUCGAGGACUUCCCCUGUAAUAACAUCACCACAGAGUGGGAGAUGCCGCUGGUCAACCCCGCUCUGAUCGAGAUGCUGGAGGGACCAGAGUGGACACAGCUGCGGCCCUCACCCGGCUGCCAGUGCAGCAAGGCCAGCAAGCUCACCAUGAUGCCUGUCUGCCCAGAAGGAGCCGGAGGACUGCCCCCGCCACAGAGGAUUCAGUCCACGGGAGACGUGUUGUUGGAUUUGACAGGCAGAAAUAUUUCUGAUUAUCUGGUGAAGACAUAUCCCACCCUGAUCAGCACCAGUUUGAAAAGCAAAUAUUGGGUGAAUGAACAAAGGUAUGGAGGCAUUUCUGUGGGAGGUCAGCUUCCAGUCCUGGACGUAGAACCCAAAACAAUCCAGGACACAGCAGCCCAGUUAGGACGCCUGCUCAAUAUCACAGGGGGAAAAUAUUCCAAACUCACUCUAAAGGAGAUUGGAACCUUUCUAAGAUACAUGGAGACUGAAUACAAUGUAAAGGUGUGGUACAACAACAAAGGCUGGCAUGCCAUGGUGGCCUUCAUGAAUGUGGCUAACAAUGCCAUCCUGAGAGCCCAUCUGCCCAACAGUGCCAACCUAGCAGAGUAUGGCAUCACUGUCACCAACCACCCCCUGAACCUCACCAAGGAGCAGCUCUCGGAAGUCACAGUUCUCAGUACAUCGGUGGAUGCGAUGGUGGCCAUCUGCGUGAUCUUUGCCAUGUCCUUCGUGCCGGCCAGCUUCGUACUCUACCUCAUCCAGGAGCGGGUGACCCAGGCCAAGCACCUGCAGUUCGUCAGUGGGGUCAGCCCCAUGGUUUACUGGACGGCCAACUUCUUCUGGGACAUGGUGAACUACUCAGUGAGUGCAGGCAUGGUGGUGGCCAUCUUCAUGGCCUUUGAUAAGAAGUGCUACACUUCGCCUGCCAACCUCAACGCCCUCAUCGCCCUGCUGUUACUUUACGGAUGGUCCGUGACACCCAUGAUGUAUCCCCUGUCGUACGUGUUCAAUGUCCCCAGCACGGCCUACGUGUCUCUGUCCAGCAUCAACCUCUUCAUAGGCAUCAACAGCAGUGCUAUCACCUUCAUCCUGGAUCUGUUUGACAGCACGGCAGCUCUCUACAAGUGCAACCAGGUCCUGAAGAAAGCGCUACUGGUCUUCCCACACUUCUGCCUGGGCCGAGGGCUCAUUGACAUGGCCAUGAACCAGGCGGUGACUGAGGUCUAUGCGCGCUUCGGGGAGGACUUCAGUCUUGACCCCUUCAGCUGGGACUUCCUGGGAAAGAACCUGUUCUUCAUGGCUAUCGAGGGCUUCAUCUACUUCACCAUCAACAUCCUCGUCCAGUACCACUUCUUCCUCACGCACUGGAUGCCUGACCGCCCACAGCCCCCUCUGGUGGACGAGGAUGUGGACGUGGCCAAGGAGAGGGAGCGCCUCCACACCGGGUGCAGCAGCAGUGACAUCCUGCAGAUCAGGAACCUCACCAAGCUGUACCAAGGACGUAAACAUCCAGCUGUGGAUCGAAUCUGUGUGGGUGUGUCACCUGGAGAGUGCUUUGGUCUUUUGGGUGUGAAUGGAGCUGGAAAGACAACCACCUUUAAAAUGCUGACUGGAGACAUUGAUGUCACCUCAGGAGAGGCUGCCGUCACUGGGCACAGCAUCCUGACCAACAUCCUGGAUGUCCAUCAGAAUAUGGGCUACUGCCCUCAGUUUGAUGCCAUCGAUGAGCUGCUCACCGGCAGAGAGCACCUGCACAUGUACGCCCGCCUGAGAGGGGUCCCCGAGUCGGAGAUCAGCAGGGUGGCUGAGUGGGCCAUCCAUAAGCUGGGUUUGUCUGAGUAUGCAGGUCGCAGUGCCGGCACCUACAGUGGAGGGAACAAGCGCAAACUCUCCACGGCCAUCGCCAUGAUUGGCUGCCCAGCCCUGGUGCUGCUGGACGAGCCAACCACCGGCAUGGACCCCCACUCCCGUCGCUUUCUCUGGAACUCCAUCAUGAGCGUCAUACAGGACGGACGCGCCGUGGUGCUCACCUCACACAGCAUGGAGGAGUGUGAGGCCCUGUGCACUCGUCUGGCUAUCAUGGUCAACGGCACCUUCAAGUGUCUGGGCACCAUUCAGCACCUCAAAUACAAGUUUGGUGAUGGGUAUGUGGUCACCAUGAAGAUCGGGGCUGCCAAGGAGGGGGCCGCCCCGGACCUGAACCCGGCCGAGGCCUUCAUGGAGAGCACCUUUCCCGGCUGCAUCCAGCAGGAGAAGCACUACAACACGCUCCAGUACGAGAUCGCCACCUCCUCGCUGGCGCGCAUCUUCCAGCUGGUGCUGGCCAACAAGGAGAGGCUCAACAUCGAGGACUACUCCGUCUCUCAGACCACACUGGACCAGGUGUUUGUGAACUUUGCCAAGCUCCAGUCCAGAGAGGAGCACACUAUGGUGCUGCACCCCAGGGCUGCGGGCGCCAGGCGGGAUGUCAAGGUCACGCCGGAGAAGGCAAAGAGCUGAGGACCCGGGGAGGGGGUGGAGGGCUGUUGGAGCCGCGUGAACCACCACGAUGACUCAGAAGGCCAUCUGCUCCUGAUCUGAUCUGAUGCUGGUGCUGUUGCUGUUGCUACUUCUGGCACUGAAGUGUUGUGAAGUUUUCUUAGACAAAGACACUUACUCAAACGUUGUCCCGUCGCGAGAUUUAGCACACGCUCCGAAAACACUUCAGCCUGCUUUG